UACUUUUUCCAGUGCGAUAUUGGUCCCUCCAGGCGCUCGGUAGUCUGCGUCCGUUUCCUUGGAGACCGAGACAGGCGAGAAAACAUUAGGUCUCUCUGGGAAGUUUGAGUGACCUUGGUUACCGCGCGAUCCACGCUGAGACAAGGAAGUUCGAGAAGCCGAAGAAACAGGCAUCCCCCAAAAUCGGGGCCCCAAGCCUCGGGACUCUUCUUCCAUUCUCCCUAAUGGCGCGUAACUUGCCGAAACGCAGCCACUCUGGGAUCGGCUCCACAGUCCCCCAGUUCCAGGUUCUGGAUUAUGUUCCAUGGCAGCGGUCCAAGCAGAGAGCCAAGCCAUCUACUCUGCCUCCAAUCCCACCGACUGUGGGCACUAAGAAAAGCGAAAGGAAGACCUGGUCUACCGUCCAGCCAGGGUGGCAAUCCAAGCCUACCUUGUGGAUGACAAGCCAGCCGAGGAAUCCACUAGAGCUGCGCAGAGGAAAGUUGGACUCUGGGAAGACACAGGCCACAAUCCGACUAAUGAGGACAAUGCUGCGGAACCGACGAACCUCGUACCAGGAGCUCUGCGACCACGAGGACUUCCUCACCAAGCUCUGUGGGGAACUGAUCAAGACCAUCCAGGACACAGAGGACAGCGCGGCCCUGAAAGUGCGGAUGCUGCUGCAGCAGCAGGACGUCUACACGACCAUCACUGACGUCUUGGAGUACUCCAACAAGAAGAAGCUGCACCAGAUGAAGUGUGAGCUCCAGGAAUGGGAGGAGAAGGAGGAAUCCAAGAUCCAUAACCUGGAGCAGCAGGUGGAGCAGCUGGAUGCCCAGAUCGAGAAAGUCCGUGAGCAGGUGAGCUUCGUGAGCACCUACAAGGACCACGAGUACCCCAUCAAGUUGGUACAGGUGGCCAACCUCGUGCGUCAGCUGCAGCAGGUGAAGGACAGCCAGUUGGAUGAGCUAGAUGAACUCAGUGAGAUGUGCAGAAUGGUCCUGGCAUCUAUGUCCAACCAGAUUCAGAAUAAGAAAAAAAACCUUCUGAGGUCUCUGGUGGUGAAAAUCCAGCGUGCCAAUCAGGAGACUCUCCUGCAGAAGACCUGGAAUACCCGGGUUAUACUGAAAUACAUGGACAAGUUCCGAGAAUUUAUAGACCGUUUUGAGGAGGAAAUACCUAGAUUAAGGGCUGAGAUGGAACAGCUGGAAGCUCAGAUCUGGGAACCCCGAGAGAUCGUAUUUGCGGACGUUCUACUUCGGAGAUCCAAGUGCACCCCCGACAUGGACGUCGUCCUCAACAUCCCUGUGGAAGAGCUGCUGCCCUUCUAGUUGGUGGGGCUGGGGGCCAACCCUCCUUCCCUGGUCUCUCCCCCCUUCCCGGAGCCUUGAGUUCUCUCCUAAGGCCACGCCCCUGAAUGGGGGCCAGCCUGCUGUUCCUUCCCUCCUCACUCCCUCCCUCUUUCCCCACUUUCUUUUCCUCUCUCCCUUCCUUUCUUCUUUCCUCUCCUGCCCCUCAUUCUUUCUGAUUGGAGCUGCUACUUGGGCCAGGUAGGAAUUCCUAGGCGAGUCCUUUUUACCAAUAAAGUUGGGCUUGCCCUGGUCUUUGC